AUGUCGACCCCGCGCAUCUCUGUUCCUCGAAUUGUUCCGCGUAUCGAGGCGGCGCGGAGAUGGAUGAGCAGCAGCCAGUUGACGGCCAGGAGACCGAAGACGGCCAUCUUCUUUCCGGGUCAGGGCGUGCAGCGCGUCGGCAUGAUCACGCCCUGGCUCGAAGCCUUCCCUCGCACCGCGAAGCCCAUCCUCGAGGAAAUCGACGCAACGCUCCGCCUCGCGCACACGCCGCUGACCCAAAUCAUCGCGAGCGGCACCAACGCCGAGCUCACGCAUACGGAGAAUGCGCAGCCCGCCAUCAUGGCCACCAGCAUCCUGAUCCUGCGCAUCCUCGAGCACGAGUUUGGCUUCAAGACGACCGAGCGCGUCGACAUCACCCUCGGGCACUCGCUGGGCGAAUUCGCUGCCCUCGUCGCCGGCGGCUAUCUCACCUUUCAGGACGCGCUGCGCAUGGUGCGGCGCCGCGCCGAAGUGGCCAGCGAAGCCAGCCGGGCAGCCGUCGAGGCCGACGGCGGCGAGUUCGGCAUGGUGGCCCUGGUCUGCGAGUCCGAGGAGCACAUGAGCGCCUUGAUCGCCGCAAUCCACGAGUUCUUGCGCCUGGGCGGGAGCCGCAGCGAUUCCAACGACGACCUGCCCGCCGUCCAGCAGGUCCUCAUCGCGAACAUCAACAGCAAGAACCAGAUUGUGCUUAGCGGCAGCAUCGCGCGCAUCAACACCCUGCUGACGAACCUGCGACAGUUUGGCGGCCACGACCCACGCCACGUGCGACUGAAGAGCGACACCCCCUUCCACGGCCCGCUCAUGAAACCCACCUACGAGACCGUCAAGCGCAUGCUGUACCAGUCCAAGCCGGAUGGGAGCGACAUUGUGACCUGGCCGGGCGUCAUGCCCUGCGUGUCCAACGUCACGGGCAAGCCGUACGAGAGCAAGGGCCAGCUCAAAGACCUGCUGGCACGGAGCUGCAUCGAGACGGUGCAAUGGUGGAAGAGCGUCAAGUACCUGCACGAGCAAGAGGGCGUCAAGCGGUACAUUGGCAUCGGGCCGGGCAAGGUGGGGCGCAACCUCGUCGGCAAGGAGGUCGGGAUGAAAGGCGCCGUGAAAGGGGGCGGCGUGUGGGCAAUCACAAGCCCGGGAGACAUGGAGGAAGUCAUGCGCGCGCUGGACGACACGGAAACGAUUGAGGACUGA